AUGGUGUACAUUCAAUCCUGGCAGCAGUUCCAAGAGGCGGCGGAGGCCCUCUAUGACAAGGCUCCCACCACAACUCGGUAUUGUGUGAAGUGGAGGGCGUCGGAGGGGAAGCUGGUGCUGAAGAUCACGGACAACACGACCUGCUUGAAGUUCAAGACGCAUUCUUCUUUAUACCUGAACCGGUUCGAGGCGUUGAACCUCUCGUUGAUGCAGAGGAUGCAGAACCGACGACCGCAGCAGGCAUCGGCUGGCCCCGUGAAAGCUGAAGCACCAGAGCCCUCGACGAAAGGUAUUCCUGCUCCUGCAGCUGCAGUUGAUACUACGGGCGCAGCGGGCGGCGGCGGCGGCGUCAAGAAAAAGAAGCCAAAGAAGAAGAAGUAG